AUGGCACCUGCCAUCUCCGACAUACUCAGACGAGAAGAAGCAAGAAUACAAACAACAUUUCAAGCAACAACGACGACAAUAGCAAUAGCAACAGCAUCUCCUUCACACACAUCACCAGCACAAACAACAUCACCAACAACACCAACACCAAUAGACGCAAGCAACGGCAUCGGCGGCACACCAGGAAACAUUGAAUCACCCUCCUCUGCCGGAACAACAACGGUCCUCAUCAUCGUCAUCCUCUGCUGCGCAUCCGCCAUCAUGUCGGCGACGUUAUUCUACAUCUUUGACCGCAAAAAGAACGCCCAGUUCCGCGAGGCGUGUAAGCGGGACCCCUACCUCACGCGGAAGGAAUUCGCCCGCCGGCGCAAGCUCAGCGCCCUGGAGAGGCUGGAAGAAGAGGAGCUGCAGCGGAGCAUCAUGAUUCGCAAGUCGCUUGCGAGUCGUGGGCCGUCGAGGAGUAAUAGCUGCGAGGACGUGUUUGAUCUCUCUUCUAUGCAGGAGCAGCACCACCGCCGCCACCACCACCACCACCAGAUGACGGAUAUGGAUAUGCCGGAGCCCCCGCGGGGUAGGCAGCAGAUGAGGGAGCAUCGGGAGGAUUUACACCAUGGGCGACAAAUAUCUGGGGAGUGGGCGCCUAGUGAGGGGAGGAGCAGGUCCGUGUCGGAGACUUCGAGUUCGGCUUCGUCUGCGAGGCGGGCUUAUACUGGGCCGGGGUGUUCCGGCGUGGAUGCCGAGGGGGCCGGGGUCCCGUUGACGCCGGAGUCGACUGGGCCAAGCCGGUCGGUUCUGGAUAAGGAGACUGCGCCGCCGCCGAUUCACCCGAUGGAGGAGAUUACGCGACCGUUACCGGCGGUGCCCAGAUCUGAUGGCACUUCACACUUUUCAUGA